UCACAACCCCCCCCAUUUCCCUCCCUCUCUGUUCUGUUCUGUUCUGUUCAUACAUUCAGAGUCAGUCAGUGAGGGAAUAUGGAAAUGGCUGUUGGAAUUCACAAUAAUACAUCUUUAAUCUUAAACCCUAAUAAAAUUAAUAAUCACCAAAAAAGUUUAUGUCUUUCUUCAUCUUUUUUGAAAACCCAAUUCCCUGUUAAUCAUAUCUUAUCUUGUAAUUCAUUCCCAGUUAUCAAGUUUCCAUCUUUUUCACUUUCAAAGAAAAACACUGUUCCUAAUUUGAUCAAAUGCUCUGUUUCUGAAGCUGAAGCCACUCAAACUGCUACUGAAAAGAAGGAAACAUUAGUGAGGAGAAAUGAUAUAAGGAAUAUUGCUAUUGUUGCUCAUGUUGAUCAUGGAAAGACGACUCUAGUGGAUGCCAUGUUGAAGCAAGCAAAAGUAUUUCGUGAUAAUCAAGUUGUUGAAGAAAGAAUAAUGGACUCAAAUGACUUGGAACGUGAAAGGGGAAUUACAAUUCUUAGCAAAAAUACAUCUAUUACUUACAAAGAUACAAAAAUGAACAUCAUAGACACUCCCGGCCAUUCUGACUUUGGUGGUGAAGUAGAACGUGUACUUAAUAUGGUGGAGGGAGUUCUUCUAGUGGUAGAUUCCGUUGAGGGCCCAAUGCCACAAACAAGAUUUGUUUUGAAGAAAGCUCUUGAAUUUGGGCAUGCUGUAGUUGUUGUUGUUAACAAGAUUGAUAGGACUUCUGCUCGUCCUGAAUUUGUCAUCAACUCCACAUUUGAACUCUUCAUUGAACUAAAUGCAUCUGAUGAACAGUGUGAUUUCCAAGCAGUAUAUGCAAUUGGUUUAAGUGGAAAAGCUGGACUUUCUCCUGAUAAUUUGGCUGAUGAUCUUGGACCACUUUUCGAGACAAUUAUUAGAUGCAUACCGGGACCAAAAAUUAAGAAAGAUGGUGCACUUCAAAUGCUUGUCACGAGCACCGAGUAUGAUGAGCACAAAGGGAAAAUUGCUAUUGGACGCUUACAUGCCGGUGUUUUGAAUAGGGGCAUGGACGUUCGUAUAUGCACAUCAGACGAUGCCUGCAGAUUUGGAAAAGUCAGCGAACUUUUUGUGUUCGAGAAGUUUUUUAGGGCUCCUGCAGAAAGUGUUGAGGCUGGUGAUAUUUGUGCAGUCUGUGGUAUUAAUGAUAUUCAGAUUGGGGAGACAAUUGCUGAUAAAGCUGACGGGAAGGCGUUACCUGCCAUUAGGGUGGAGGAACCUACGGUGAAAAUGGCUUUCUCGAUCAAUACUUCACCCUUUGUUGGCCGUGAGGGAAAGUAUGUUACUAGCAGAAAUUUAAGAGAUAGACUCUACCGUGAGAUUGAAAGAAAUUUGGCCAUGAAAGUUGAAGAUGGUGAAACUGCAGAUACCUUCCUUGUUAGCGGACGUGGUACUUUACAUAUUACAAUACUUAUCGAGAACAUGCGAAGAGAAAAUUACGAGUUCAUGGUGGGACCUCCUAAAGUGAUCAACAAGAAAGUGGAUGACAAGUUGCUUGAACCUUACGAGAUUGCCACUGUUGAGGUGCCUGAAGAACAUGUGGGUUCGGUUGUUGAACUUCUCGGUAAAAGGCGUGGUCAAAUGUUUGAUAUGCAAGGGCUUGGCAACGAAGGAACAACACUUUUGAAAUAUAAGAUACCAACUCGUGGGCUUCUUGGACUUAGAAAUGCAAUUCUGACAGCAUCUCGAGGAACAGCGAUCCUCAACACAAUUUUUGAUAGUUACGGACCAUGGUCUGGUGAUAUGUCAACCCGUGAUCUCGGAUCUCUGGUUGCUUUUGAAGACGGAACUGCGACUUCGUAUGCUCUAUGCAGUUCUCAAGACAGAGGGCAGUUAUUUAUCAAACCUGGAGCAGAAGUUUACAAAGGUCAGAUCGUUGGCAUUCAUCAGCGACCUGGUGACUUGGCCCUCAAUGUAUGCAAAAAGAAAGCUGCUACUAAUGUGCGUUCAAACAAAGAAGUGUCUGUUGUUCUUGACACACCAUUGGAGUAUAGUCUUGAUGAUUGCAUUGAGUAUAUCCAAGAAGAUGAACUAGUGGAAGUAACUCCUAAAAGUAUACGAAUGUGCAAGAAUCAAAAGAUGAACAAGAAGAAUCGUUAAAACACAGUAAAGAUGACCAAAAGUGUAUCAACUUAUUCCCAAGGUUAAUAUGGGGUUUGUGCACUUCAUGCUCGCUGUGCUAGCUCCAUGAUUCCCCUCACUCGUAAAGUAAGUCCCUUACGAUAUAGGAAAUUUUGAGUUAAUUUUGGCUCACUAUGUAGUCGCUGAUAUAUGUACGUAAUAGUCAUGAAAAACCUCACAGGUUCAUAAUUGGCAUUGUUUAUUGCGAUUAGUGGCGGUGAAUUGUUUAUGGAAUAGAAACUGUAUGUGAGAUUUUAGUUUCAAUGGUUACACGAAGUGCUCGUUAAGAUUUUUCUAUUAA